CGAAAACUUUUAAAAGCGAAAUUCAUCAAAACGUUUCAGCCUCUUUUUUUUUCUCUCUUUUUUUGUUUGUUUAAUUUAUUUUUUUAAAAAUAUUAGUUUUGUUAAAUAUUUAAUUUUCAGUCGCCGGAGCCGUCGUCAGAAGCAUCUAGUUCCUCCGUGCUCCGUCGCUUGAUGAUUUGACUUUUAAGCAAGAAAUCGCUUAGUGACGAUCGACGAUGGGACAAUGUUGUGCAAAGCAAGUCGCCGUCUCCACAGUCAACGGAGACCAGUCAAAGGCUUCUAAUGAAGCUCCGACGAGUUCCGUUACCGGAGGAGCUUCUCACUCCGGGAAGAACACUCCGGCUUACUCCUUCUCCGCCAGUCCUUUUACUAGUCCGUUACCCGCCGGAGUUGCUCCAUCGCCGGCGAGAACACCCGGGAGGAAGUUCCGAUGGCCGUUGCCGCCUCCUUCCCCAGCGAAGCCGAUCAUGGCGGCGCUUCGUCGCCGGCAGGGGAAGUCGCCGAGGCCUAAGGAUGGACCGAUACCGGAGGAGCAGAACGGAGAUGAAGGGGAAAGAGAGAGAGAGCUGGACAAGAGCUUUGGGUAUGGGAAGAACUUUGGGGCCAGGUUUGAGCUUGGGAAAGAGGUGGGUCGAGGGCAUUUUGGUCAUACUUGCUGGGCUAAGGGCAAGAAAGGCGAGCUCAAGGGACAGCCUGUUGCUGUGAAGAUCAUAUCCAAAGCUAAGAUGACAACUGCUAUAUCCAUUGAGGAUGUACGUAGGGAGGUGAAAAUACUGAAAGCAUUAUCUGGGCAUAGGAAUCUGAUCAAAUUUUACGAUGCAUUUGAGGAUUCACAUAAUGUCUACAUUGUAAUGGAGCUAUGUGAAGGUGGAGAACUACUUGAUAGAAUUUUGGCAAGAGGUGGAAGAUACACCGAAGAAGAUGCAAAAACUAUUAUUGUACAGAUUUUAAGUGUAGUUGCUUUUUGUCAUCUUCAAGGUGUUGUGCACCGUGAUCUAAAGCCAGAGAAUUUUCUUUUCACUACAAGAGAUGAAGAUGCCCCAUUGAAAGUUAUUGAUUUUGGUCUGUCUGAUUUCAUUAGGCCAGAACAACGACUCAAUGAUAUAGUUGGCAGUGCAUACUAUGUUGCUCCUGAAGUAUUACAUAGAUCUUACAGUACUGAAGGAGAUUUAUGGAGUAUUGGCGUUAUAACUUAUAUACUGCUGUGUGGAAGCAGACCUUUCUGGGCUCGUACUGAAUCAGGAAUAUUCCGUUCGGUAUUAAGAGCUGAUCCUAACUUCAAUGAUUCACCUUGGCCAGAAGUGUCACCAGAAGGGAAAGAUUUUGUGAAAAGGCUUCUGAACAAGGACCACAGAAAAAGAAUGACUGCUGUGCAAGCUCUAACUCACCCUUGGUUACGAGAUGAAAGUCGUGACUUGCCUUUAGAUAUUUCAGUCUACAAGCUAGUUAAGGCAUAUAUUCGAGCAACACCUUUGAAACGUGCGGCACUUAAGGCACUGUCGAAAGCUAUCACAGAAGAUGAGAUCAUCUACCUCCGAGCCCAGUUUAGGCUCUUGGAUCCAAAACAUGGAUAUGUAACAAUCGAGAACUUUAGAACGGCUCUCACAAAAAAUGCUACUGAUGCCAUGAGGGAAGCAAGGGUUUCCGAGAUUUUAAAUUUGAUGGAGCCACUUUCUUACAAGAAAAUGGACUUCGAAGAGUUCUGCGCUGCUGCAAUUAGUACUUAUCAACUGGAAGCCCUCGAAGGAUGGGAAAAGAUUGCAAGUACAGCAUUUGAGUUUUUUGAAAACGAAGGAAACCGUUCCAUCUCCGUUGAGGAGUUGGCCCAGGAGAUGAGUUUGGGUCCAACAGCUUACCCUUUAUUGAAUGACUGGAUCAGAACUUCUGAUGGAAAACUUAGCUUCCUUGGAUACACUAAAUUUUUGCAUGGUGUGACACUACGAACCGCCAAUUCGAGACAUCGAUAGAAAUUAACUCGAGAACAAUUUUCCCCCUCUAUUUUUUUUUUUAUAGAUUUUUUCUCCCCUUACUGGAAGUGUUUUGUGUAUUUUUUUUUCUUUUCUUUUUUGGUUUAUCAUUUCCUUCUAUGGUAAAGGUGAAAAUUGGAGUGUCUAGAUAGGUUAAAAGAAAUUGAAACAGUGGUAUUGCAUUGCAAUAGCUUGUAUGAAUUAAUUUACUUGAACAUAUUUUGCUUCUUAAAUCAUUGUAAAAACAAUUUGUGUACUGUAAACAAUUAUGUGUUGAAAUUUUUGAGAAGAAUACAAACUUUGAGUUUUUGCAUUACAA